AUGGCUGGAAUCGUCAAUCACCUUCCCUGCGGCCUCAAUGAGGUGGACGUUAUUAUUGCCGGAGGUGGUACUGCCGGCCUUGUUGUCGCCGCCAGAUUGAGCGAUGCGGACCCGAAUCUUUCUAUCCUGGUUAUUGAGCGUGGCCAAAACAACUUCAAUGACCCUUCCAUUGUCCAUCCGGUGCUCUUCCUGAGCCAUAUGAUGCCCACCAGCAAAACCACUCUCUUUUACCAAGGCGGCAAGGAAGGCGAGCUGGCCGACCGGGAGCUCGUCGUGCCUGCAGGCGGUGUCCUGGGUGGUGGAUCGUCUAUCAACCUCUUGACCUACAGCCGUGCUCAGCGGGAAGACUUCGACGAGUGGGGUGUCCCCGGCUGGACGGCCGAGGACAUGAUCCCCUACUUGCAGAAGCUCGAGACCUACCACGGUCCAGGCACGCUGGAGACGCACGGCGACAGCGGUCCCGUUCAGAUCUCCCGUGGCCCCUUCGAGGCUGUCUCUACGUCGGAGGACGACUUCCUCCAGGCUGCUGCUCAGGUUGGCUGGCCCGAAGUUCCAGACUUGCAGGACCUCGACACGAACAACGCUUUCUCGAGAAACAUGCGCUUCAUCAGCCCCGACGGCAAGCGACAGGACUCCGCCCACACCUACCUCCAUCCUCGUCUCCAGGACGGCAACCACCCCAACUUGCACAUCCUCACCGAGCAUCUCGUGGUUCGCGUCGUCUUCGAGGGUAAGAAGGCUGUCGGCGUCGAGUUCCAGCCUAACCCGCUGUUCCAAGAAGGUCGCAACACCGUCAGGACCGUCAGGGCCAGGAAGCAAGUCAUCCUCUCCGCCGGCGCCCUCGGUACGCCCCUCGUGCUCGAGCGGUCUGGUAUUGGUCACCCCAAAUAUCUCACUCGCGCCGGUAUCAAGCCGGUUGCUCCGCUUCAAGGCGUCGGCGAAAACUACCUAGACCACCACCUGCUCACGCAUCCCUACAAAUCGAGCCUACUUCCCAACGAGACAGUUGACGCCAUCUACGGCGGCCGGAUCGACCUCGGUGAGCUGAUGCAGACCAAUGCCCCCAUUCUCGGAUGGAACGCCGCCGACGUUACCGCCAAGGUUCGACCGACCGAAGAAGAGGUGGCUGCCCUUGGUCCCAGCUUCCAGGCUGCCUGGGAUCGGGACUACCGGGACAAGCCCAACAAGCCGCUUAUGAUCACGACUUCUCUCAAUGGUUUCCCGGGUGACCCGACCGGCCUUCCCGUCGGCCAGUAUCUGUCGGUGUCGACCUUCACCGUGUACCCCUAUUCUCGCGGCCACAUUCAUAUCACCGGUCCCAAUGCGUUGGACCCGUACGAUUUCAAGACGGGCUUCUUCACGGACUGCGGCGGUAUCGAUCUCACGAAGGCCAUGUGGGCCUACAAGAAACAGCGCGAGAUCAUGCGCCGCCUCAAGGUUUACAGGGGCGAAUACGCCCCUGGCCACCCGCCCUUCCCGCAGGGCUCGGACGCCGCCCUCGUCGAGACGGACGGCCCUCUCACCGACGUCAAGGACAUUGUCUACACGGCCGAGGAUGACGCUGUCCUCGAGCAAUGGAUCCGUCAAAACGUCGGUACAACCUGGCACUCCAUGGGCACGGCUAAGAUGGCGCCCCGCGAUGAGAACGGCGUCGUCGACGCUACCCUCAGCGUCUAUGGUGUCCAGAACCUCAAAAUCGCCGAUCUCUCCAUCCCUCCCGGGAACGUUGCUGCCAAUACCGCCAACACUGCUUUCGCAAUUGGCGAGAAGGCGGCUGACAUUCUCAUCGAAGAACUUGGCCUGGCCUGA